AUGGCCGCUCUGGCUUCGAAAUGUUUUGGCAAAUCUGGAGCUGUAGCUCAGAGUGUGGACAUGGUCAGCAGGAGGUCCUGCAGGCGGGGUGCAGUUGAUCAGGCAGGGGUCCUGGAGGUUCGGUUGUUUGAUGUGGUUGCAGGAUCCUGGAGUACAGGUUCUUAUGAAGUAUCUGAAAAUCUUAGGCUUGAAAAAAAAGAUUCAGCAUCAGAGGUCCAAGUACCAGAAAUUCAACAUAGCAAUGGAUCUCUUGUGACUGUAUCACCACCUGAAGACAUGGCUUUAGCUUCCAGAAGGAAGUCUGAAACUGAGCACGAUGAAGCUACCAGAAAUGAGAAUAUUCAUGAUUUUGAUGAAAAACCAGAUGAAAAUCUUGUGCUUGAACAUGAAGACUCAAUAACAGAAAAGAAAGUAAAGAGAAAAAAAACUCCUAAAAGGGAAAGAUUAAUUACUCCUAAUGAAGAACCAGAUGAAAAUCCUAUCAUUAACUCUCCAGAGUCAAUGUCUAAAUUAGAAAUGCAAGCAAAGAAACAAAAAACUUCCAAAAGGGAAAGACUUACUAAUUCUGAUGAAGUGCCAGACAAAAAACUUGAACAUCAUGAUUCAAAACUUGAAAUGCAAGUAAAGAAAUUUAAAACUUCCAGAGAAGAAAGAUAUAAUACUCAUGAUGAAGUACCUUAUGAAAAUCUUUUGCCAAAAGAUCAAGAUUCAGUGCCAAAAACCCAAGUGCAAUCAAAGAAGCAAAAAACUUUCAGAGGGGAAGAACUUAAUAAUCAAAAAUUGGUUCCAAUGACUGAUGAAAGUCCUUUGCCAGAAGACUCAAAAUCAAAAGAUCUUCCACAAAGUAAGAAACGCAAAAUUGCCCAAGAGGAAAAACUUGGAAAACUAGAAUCUUGGAAGAUACUAAAAUCUUGGAAGAAUCUGAUUGGAUUUGACUUUAAAGUGAACAAGAUUUGGAUGAAAGUUUUAAACUUGAAGAUGUAGAGUCCUACACAGGAUACAUGGGUAAAACUCAAGGAAAUAGAGCUUUCCAAUCUGAAAAAUUGAGAAG